AUGAAUGGAUUCGCUGUAUGUAAUACUCCACAUCAUAUAGUAUACAACAAUUGCAUUAAUACGAAUCGAAAACGUGUUCGUUCUGACGAUAUCGAUUUUCAAAAGAAGAAAACUGACAAAUUUGCUUCUCUAAAAAUAUUUAUUCACUCCUACAAAAAUGAAGUUUCCUCAUGUUUUGAUUUACGAGAUACGGGUGAUCAUUAUACAGAAGAACCGCCACAACCAGUUUGGAGUGACUUUUCUGCUAGUCUUUCUUGUGCUGCAAGAGGAUUAGGGGACAGGAUUUGGCAACGAAGAAAACGAAAAUGCAGAAAACUGGAGAAAGCCGUGGUUUCAGGAAAAAUGUGUCUAUGGAUUGAUGAUUGCAAUUUCGAAAAAGAGUCUUACGUUCGACAACAAGCAUGGAACUCAAAUCAGCAUAUAACUUUACCGUCCAUUGCUCUUGUAAAUUUAACUCCAAGAUAUACAAUCGCAUGUCCUGGAUAUACUUUAGUGGGCAAUCCCAUACCUUCAAGUUCUCUUUCACUCGUAAUCCGAUACAAUAGUAGUUUUCUGAUGAAUAACAUUUCUAUCGUGAAUGUUUAUAAGCAUCUUCAUGAAAAUACUUCAUGGUUUAAUACUAAGCCAAGUGACAAACGUAUUGACAAUAUUAUUAAACGCAUGCGUGAAUCAAUGGCAAAUCCUCCCAAUGAACUGUAUUAUCCUACACACACACGGUUUUCUAAUGCGUCAAUAGUGAACUGGAUACUUUUAGCAUUAGUCUCUGGUGUUGUGGCAUAUUAUAUCUAUCAACACAAGCAGAAAACAAUUCUAGGCAGUAUCUAA